AUGAACAAUUUUAGCAUAACUAAUUUAAAGUCUCCGGAAAACGAUAAUGACGCCGUUCACAAGAAAUAUUUACGGGAACAAAUAAAUUCAAUUGAAGUAAAUAAAAACCAUUUAGAAGAUAAAAUAAGUAAUGUGAAAAGAUUCUUCAAACGUCAACUAAAUAAUAAAAAUUUUAUUAAUGAUACUAAACUACAACAAGAGGUAAAAAGAGUAAUAAGUUUUAUUCAAAAAGAAUUGGUCAACGUAGCGAAUAAAACUGAGUUACAAAAUUUAAUUUCAUUAAUAUCUAAGAUUGCAAAACAAAAAUUAGACAUUCAACAAUUGAUAGAUAACAUUCCAGAUGAAAAUGAAGAUACGUUUCAACAGGAAUUAAAUGCUCUGGAAACUAAACUUAACAGUGAAUUACAAAAAGAACUAACAAAUAUUAAACAACAAAUACAAAACAUAGAUGAUAGCGAAAUCAAAACCUAUAUUCAACAACUAAUACAAAACAUAGAUGAUAGCGAAAUCAAAACCUAUAUUCAUCAACAAAUACAAAAUAUUGAUGAUAGUGUUAUUCAACAACAGAUUACCACUAUUAAUAACCUAGUUUUAAAACAGGACAAAAAUAUAGUCGCAUUAGAAAAAAAGUUUAUCAAUGGUACGAAAAAUGUAGAAACUAAAGAAUUAGAAAUUAACGAUGAAAACAGCAAGAGAGAUCACUUAUAUGAAAUUAAAACAAGUGGAAAAUAUAUAGAUAAGUUUAGAAUGUUAAUCAUACCAGAUAAUGAAGAAGAUGAACUUUCAUUGAGUAAUUUUGACACGUUAUUGGAAACGGAAACUCCACCAUCAGCAAGUAUUAUUAGAAAUCCAAAACCACAAAAAGAAAUAAUCAAUUAUCAGUUUUUACGAGCAACAGACUUUGAAUACGUAAAACUAUAUUUUGUUGAUAAUGAUAUAUUUACCUCAAUCGAUAUUCAAAAAAGUCAACAACAAAAAUAUUUUUAA